UCUCACAUUUUCCGAAAAAGCAGUGAAAGAGAUCACACGAAUCCAAUCCUUCAUGGACGCCGAAGCAGUGAUUGAGUUUUUGGGCUGCGUCCCGUUGCUACAACGGCUACCGGGAUCUUCUCUGAAGAAGAUCGCAGAAGUCGUCCAAGUCAAACGCUAUGAUGCUGGAGAGUAUGUUGUUCGCGAGGGUGAAAGUGGGGAUGGAGUUUACUUUAUAUGGGAAGGAGAGGCUGAAGUUGAUGGAUCUGUUACUGCCGAUGAAGAGAACCGACCCGAGUUCCAACUGAAGAAAUAUGAUUAUUUUGGCAUAUCUACAUCUGUUCAUCAUGCAAAUGUAAUUGCUUUGUCUAAGCUGACAUGCUUAGUGCUUCCCCAUGAACAUGUUAGUUUGCUGCAGACAAAAUCGAUAUGGAAUGCAGAUAAAACUCUUGAGACAUGCUCACUUGUGGAGAGUAUAUUACAUUUGGAUCCAAUAGAAGUAAAUAUAUUCCGGGGGAUCACCUUGCCAGAUGCGCCAAAGUUUGGAAAGGUUUUUGGAGGACAAUUUGUUGGACAGGCACUGGCUGCCGCAUCAAAAACUGUUGAUUGCCUCAAGGUUGUCCAUAGUUUGCAUGCUUAUUUUCUUCUUGUUGGGGAUUUUGACAUGCCAAUUAUAUAUCAAGUUAACAGAUUACGUGAUGGGAAAAGCUUUGCUACCCGGACAGUAGAUGCAAUACAAAAGGGAAACAUCAUAUUCACAUUGCUUGCUUCAUUCCAAAAAGAAGAAGAAGGGUUUGACCACCAGGAAGCAAAAAUGCCUUCUGUUCCUGCUCCAGAGAUGCUUCUGUCAAUGGAAGAGCUACGUGACAAACGUCUUACUGAUCCAAGACUUCCAAGGACUUAUCGGAACAAGGUGGCCACAACAAAAUUUGUCCCUUGGCCCAUAGAGUUACGUUUUUGUGAGCCUAACAGUUCAACAAGUCGGACUAAGUCUCCUCCAAGUUUGAGGUAUUGGUUUAGAGCAAGAGGUAAACUCUCAGAUGAUCAGGCCUUGCAUAGGUGUGUAGUCGCAUAUGCUUCAGAUCUAAUAUUUCUUAAUGUAAGUUUGAACCCCCACCGUAGCAAGGAUUUGAAGACAAGAUCUGUUAGUCUAGACCACUCGAUGUGGUUCCACCGGCCUCUGAGAGCUGAUGACUGGAUAUUAUUUGUGAUUUCCAGUCCUGCUGCUGACAAUGCGCGUGGCUUUGUUUCAGGCCAAAUGUUCAAUAGAAAGGGAGAGCUUGUUGUAUCACUAACUCAAGAGGGCCUCAUUAGGAAGGUUAAAAGUCCAGGGCCACCUGUGACAUCCAAGCUGUGAGCUGGUCUACAGUAGUCAAUAGUUCGUGCAAAGGAGCAUUAUAAUAAAAUCCUGGUGAUUUCCUUUAUAUCAAAUAUUGAAUAAUGAUGUGUAACAGUUGUAAUCAGAUUGCGAAAAAUACCAGUCAUUAGUUCUGACUGUUCUUGUGAGGAAAGAGGCAUGGAUAAUUAUCUCUGAGCUGAGUAAAAGGUUAAUGUUCUUGAUUUGGUUGUAAAGAACAUCAUUUGCGCAAUAUAAUAUUGUUAUAGCACC